AUGGGUCGAAGACGCACAACCAUUACUGCCUCGGACCCAAGUGCCCCAUUUGCAACUCCUAGCCCAAGCCAAGGAAGGGAAGGCCACUUUCAACAAGGGCUCUGCACAAUUCCACGGAUGCAAUUCACCAAAAUAAACCAUGAGUUCCUCGUUAUCGCCUUCCAAUCUUCGAAGCGCUUUGAUCAUGUUGUAUCUGGAAUGCCGAUGUUGCUUCCGGAUUAUUGUAACGCAUGCAGGGAUCUUCCUUCUCGUCUCGCCAACGUGCGGCAAAUGCCACACGUUCUGCUCAUAACCGUUUGUGAUACAACAGAGGCUGACAGGCUGCGGACAAUGAUUCUGGCUAUGGUUGAUGUUCGGGUGGUGCUUAUAAAAAUAGCUGAUCGAUUGCAUAAUUUGAGGACUUUAGAGGCCUUGCCUUCCCACAAACAGAUAGGUAUUGCCAAGGAGACGCUGGAGAUUUUCGCUCCCUUGGCGAAUCGCCUGGGUAUUUGGAGUUGGAAGGCUGAAAUGGAAGAUCUUUGCUUCAAGUGCUUGAAGCCUGUAGAUCAUGAAAAUUUGUCCAUAAGGCUGUCAGAGCGAUGUCGAGAGGGACUAGUAAUGUCUUCCAUCAGAUACCUGGACGAAGCAUUGAGAGUUGGUGGGGUGCAGUUUAUUGAUCUGUGUGGACGACCUAAGAAUCUGUACAGCGUUUACAAGAAAAUGAUGAAAAAAAAGAGAAGCCCCGAUGAAAUUCUUGAUGUAAGAGGAUUGCGUCUGAUCGUGACAGAUGAGGAAAGUUGUUACCAGGCUUUGGAGGUCGUCCACCAACUUUGGCGAUGUAUUCCUGGAAAGACGAAGGAUUACAUUGUUGAUUCGAAGCCGAAUGGAUGCAAGUCCUUACACACUGUUGUGAUUGGAAGUGACGGAUAUCCGCUGGAGGUGCAAAUUCGGACAAUGAAAAUGCAUCAUCAGGCUGAAUAUGGGUUAGCAGCUCACUGGAGAUAUAAGGAAGACAACAGUGAACAUUCUGCUUUCAGUUCUGAACGUGUGGAGUGGGCUCGCUGGGUGUUGACGUGGCAAAGUGAGAUCAUGGAUACUAAGCUGAGAGUAUCACCGUUGGCAGCAGAUUUGAAACCGCCAUGCCCUUUCCCUGUGCACAACAAAGAGUGCCCUUACGCUGGAUCUUGCUGCGAGCCAGUGAUGAGGGAGAAUGACCCAGUGUAUGUUAUAAAAAUGGAGAACGAACAUAUUCUAGUGCGAGAGCUUCCUCCAGGUUCUACGGUUGGAGACCUUGUGCGAUCGAAGCACUCGGAUAUGAAUUCUCUUGUGGUGGAUUCAAGAUCUGCCAACGAUAAUGGUUUGCGCGUUAAAGUAAAUCACGAAUUUGUCGACACAAUGGAACCGAAAUUAAAAAUGGGCGACUUUGUAGAGGUUAUGAGCACUGUAAAGAAACCCUGCGGUAAGGUAGCUUUAGAAUUCUAGCGGGAGCAGCUGAAGCGCCUAUACCUUGAUGGAGGAAGCUCCAAUGAAGAUACGAACACCACCUGGUGGGAGCGAAGUGCAAGCGUUGCUGGUCUGUAAUGAGGAGAUGAUUUGGACGUCCUUGUUUGAUGACAAAGGCAUGGGCGUUCUACAUUUGGCUGUGUAUAUUGUACAGAAUUAACAUCAACAAUUGGUUAGAUAUAAUUCAUUCUUUACCUCAGAUGAGGU